CCCUGUAUUGCUUACCAAUUGCCACCCUUUUAUACUUCACUAACUAAUGCCACUGUUCAUUCAUGUUCUUCACUAUAUUAUUUCUCAUCUUUUAUGUACCAAGGUGUUGAUCCCCUGCUUGGAAAUGCAUAAGGAAGCUGAGGAUGACUAUGCCCACCUUUCUAGCUUACUUCAAGAGUUCACCAGUAUUCCCAACAUUGACAAGGCAUGGCUUUUUAGCUCUCCAGGGUUGCACUUGCAAGGAAUGUUUGCAGUUUCCCAAUCAGAUCUUUUAACAAACACGAGGAGGACAUCCAUCAUGUCCUGUAACAUUCUAAAAGAAAGGAACAGUUCUGUGAAUUUUCUGUGGGCUCCGUUUCCAAUAGAGAUGUCUGGCGUGUCCGUGAUUGUUCCAUCACCAUCUGGCUCAAAGCUCUUAGUGAUUCGAAAUCCAGAGAAUGAAGCUGCUUGUUGUUUUCAGAUUUGGAGCUCUUCUCGAAUGGAGAAGGAGUUCCACAUUCCUCAAUCACUGCAUGGCUCAGUAUACAAUGAUGGAUGGUUUGAGGGUGUCUCGUGGAACAUGAAUGAAACAUGCGUAGCAUACGUAGCAGAAGGGCCCUCUCCUGCAAAGCUCACAUUUAAUGGUUUGGGGGGCUACAAGAUAGAUGGCUGUGCAGAUAAGGAUUCAGGUUAUUGGAAAUGUCAAGGGGACUGGGAGGAGGACUGGGGAGAAACAUAUGCUGGAAAGAGACAGCCUGCACUAUUUGUUAUCGACAUCAACAGUGGUGAGGUGCAAGAAGUCAAAGGAAUUGACAAAUCCUUGAGUAUUGGCCAAGUUGUAUGGGCUCCAUUUACUGAAGGCUCAGAACAAUACCUUGUUUUCGUUGGGUGGUCAUCUAAGCCAAGAAAACUUGGCAUUAAGUAUUGCUCUAACAGACCUUGCGGAUUAUAUGCUGUUAGACUUAGAGCACUGCAUCAUGAUUCAAAAUCUAAUGAACCAGUGCUCCAGUCAACUGAAGAAUUUCAUGUGCUGAACCUUACUCAAACUAUAAGCAGUGCAUUCUUUCCACGGUUCAGUCCAGAUGGAAAAUUUCUUGUGUUUUUAUCUGCAAGAAGUGCUGUGGACUCUGGAGUGCAUAAUGCUACAAAUUCACUUCACAGAAUUGAUUGGCUAACUAAUGGAAAACCUUUCCAAUCUUCCAAAAUUGACGACAUCAUUCCUGUUGUGAUGUGCGCUGAAGACGGUUGCUUCCCUGGGCUUUAUUGUACCACUAUUCAUAGUAAUCCUUGGUUAUCUGACAACUGCACAAUGAUUAUAUCAUCCAUCUGGCACAGCAGUGAAGUUCUGCUCUCAGUGAAUUUGCUGAGUGGGGAGAUAGUACAUAUCAGCCCUGUAGAUCCAAUUUUCUCGUGGAAUCUUCUUACGCUGGAUGGGAACAAUAUUGUUGCCAUUUCCAGCAGUCCGGUUGAUUUUGCUCAAUUAAGGUAUGGAAAGGCCAUUAAGAAGGAGACAAACAAUACUACAUGGAGUUGGUCAAAUAUAUCCAGUCCCAUAUUCAGAUGCUCUGACAAGGUUAGAUCUUUGCUGUCCUCUCUCCAGUCUUGUAUACUGAGGAUCUCAGUUAAGGAUGCUCAUGUUGGUCAAACAAAAGGUGCUACAAAACCUUUUGAAGCUAUAUUUGUGUCUUCUAAAACCAAUACCAAGAUUGAAUUUGAUCCGUUAAUUGUGAUCCUUCAUGGAGGGCCCCAAGACGUCUCUUUGUCAUACUUUUCUAAGUAUUUGGCUUUUCUAUCUACAGUUGGAUACAGCUUGCUGAUUGUAAAUUACAGAGGUUCAUUGGGAUUUGGUGAGGAAGCAUUGCAAUCUCUUCCAGGGAAUGUUGGGUCUCAGGAUGUCAAUGAUGUUCUCUCUGCCAUAGAUCAUGUCAUCAACUUGGGUCUUGCCAGCCCAUCUAAGAUUACAGUAAUGGGCAUUUCACAUGGUGGUUUUCUGACAACUCAGUUGAUUGGCCAGGCACCAGACAAGUUUGUAGCAGCGGCUGCAAUCAAUCCUGUUUGUAACCUUGCACUGAUGAUUGGAACAACAGAUAUCCCUGAUUGGUGCUAUGUAGAAGCUUGUGGAACCACUGCCAGAAAUUGCUUUACUGAACCACCUUCCGCAGAUGAUUUGACUCUCCUUUAUAACAAGUCUCCCAUUUCACACGUCUCAAAGGUAAAAGCACCAACACUAUUCCUAUUAGGUGCCCAAGAUGUUCGUGUUCCAAUGUAUGAUGGGUUGCAAUAUGCUCGGGCUUUGAAGGAGAAAGGUGUAGAUGUCAAGAUCAUUAUGUUUCAAAAUGAUGUUCAUGCACUGAAAAGGCCACAAUCUGACUUGGAAUCUUUCCUUAACAUUGGGGUGUGGUUCAACAAGUACUGCAUAUACGGGGCAAGCGAAUCACGAGAUUUCCUGAAGACCUAAACGCUCAAGUAAUGGACAGAGCCAUGAAGGAUUAAAAGAGCCACCAACUGUUUGUGAUAAUAAAAAUGAGGACAAGCCUGUUUGUCACCCUCUGCUAGAAAUGUGUUGGAAAUAAUGGUGUCGAUAUAUUUUAUUUAUUUUUCCUAUUCCCCUUAAUUUUCACUAGCAUACUAGGGGACUAUGAGAUAUGUGGAUAUAUUU